GAGCGCUGGCGGGGAUAGGCCAGAAGGGCGCAGAUAGGCGAAGGGGCGGGGCCGCGCGCUGGUAACCGGGGCGACGCGUCCCGGGAGCGGGAGGACCUCGCCCUUAGCUGCCCGCCGCGCGCCUGCGCGGCCCGAGGACCCGCACUUCCGGCCGCCGCGAUGGCCGCGUCGUCCCGCGCGCAGGUGCUGGCGCUGUACCGGGCGCUGCUGCGCGAGGGCCGCCGCUUCGGCGCCUACAGCUACCGAACCUACGCCCUCAGGAGGAUCCGAGACGCCUUCCGGGAGAACAAGAGCGUCCAGGACCCCAGGGAGAUUCAGAGCCUGGUGGACAGAGCCCAGCGGGACCUGGAGGUCAUCCAGCGCCAGGUACAGGUUGGACGGCUGUACACGGCAGACAGACUCAUCAUUGAGAACCAGGACAAGACCCGGGCCUAGGGGCCGGACCCCCACGACAGGCUGCAGCCCGCCCCGCCUGCCUGUGCAGCUGGCUGCUGGAUCCAAGGCACGACCAGUGCCCUGCCCCCUUCCGGCCCUGAGCUUGGCGUCCCACUGUGUGUCUUCCAAUAAAUGGAGCCGCCCAUAGAGCGGGUCGGCAUGUUCCUUA